AUGUCUAGUUCAAAUCAUCGCUCAUCUAAUUCACGGUCAUCACGACGGCCUCAACUAAUCGCCUACGUACAACCUCAACGUUCAGCAAGUGCUCCACCAAAUCGACAAUUUAUUAUUAUUUUGACAAAUAAUCCUGAACUAUUACGCCAAACUCGACCAUAUCGACCACGAUUACAACAAAGUAGCUCUACCAAUAAUGGAAACAAUGAUCAUACGAACAAUAAUCGUGAAGUCGUUCUAAAUGAUCUGCUACGUCUGGAAUUAAGAGAAGCAGCAGUGGAUUAUCUUCGUCGAACACAUCGUACCUAUCCAAUUCAUUAUGUUUUUGAUAUGAGUGACAUUAAUUCUGAUCAAAUGAGUCGAUCCAAUAGACCUGCCACUCCUUAUGUUCCAGUAACAACACGAACUGAACAUCAAUAUUUCAUUAUAACACUCACCAAUUUUCCGAACCUUUUGCGACGAACAUCAACGUUUCAACAGGCACCAAAUCAACAAUGGCAACAAUAUCUUCGAGAUGGCACACUCACACAAGUUGCAGCUACACAUUUUAAUACUAUUCAUACUGAAGAACAACAUGAAGCAAUUCUUUACAAUACAUUACGAUUUGAAUUAGAAGAAUGUGUUCGUGCCUAUCUUCAACGUACUGGAAGAUUAUAUCCAAUCAAUUUGAUUUUUGGUUUUUCUCACAUUGAACGGCAUUCAUGA